AUGUCUGCCGCGCAGGUCGCCGCGAAACCGGAGUCGGCACAGAGGGUGCUUUCGCUGUACCGACAGCUUCUUCGCCAAGGGAGUCAAUUCUCGGCCUACAAUUUUCGCGAAUAUGCCCGCCGCCGCACGAGGGAUGCGUUUCGGGAAAACAAGGCUGUACAGGAUGAGCAGAAGGUGAAGGAGCUUGUGCAAAAGGGGCAGAAGGAGCUGCAGAUGUUGAAGCGCCAGACGGUGAUCAGCCAGUUCUACGAGAUGAACCGGUUGGUGGUAGAAGGAGGGAUAUCGGGGAAGGACGAAGCGGGACAUGGCGAAACGACAAGACAAAAAGAUACCGGUUGGGACUGA